GCGCUGCGCUGAAAGGGGCUCUGCUGGGAUGUGGGGAAAGCGGGACCUCGGCGCAGCCCCCUCCUCGCGGAGCCACGUCCCGCUCCGGCCGGCCCGUCCCCCCGGGCGGGCUGUCAUCCCCUUCCCCUCCGUGCCACAAUGGACUCUCCCGUGACUGGAGGGGCGCAGCAACCUCUGCGCUCUGGCUCCGCCACCGCCGCUGCUCCCCCUGCGUCUCUCUGGCGGUUGCAGCAGCGGCGGCGUGCAGCGGCGGCGGCGGGAGCGAGCGCCUGCCUACCUGCCUGCCUGCCUACCUGCCUGCGAACGGGCUGGGUACCGCGGGAGCGAGGGCCGCUCUCAGUCAGCCCAGUGGAGGCCGCUCUGCAUCGCUCUCCUGGGCAGGCACCGCCUCCUCUUCCGAAGCAGAAGCCAGGGCUCAGGCACAUGGGUCGCCACCCGCGAAGAGCUAGUCCUUGAAGGGGGAGCCUCUGCCAAAAGGAGCAGCUGCCUGCCUUGCCGGUGGGUGCUGAAUACGGUGCCUCCCACCCAGCCGCCCACGCCUUCUUCCCCUUUCAUCUCCAGGCCCAAAGGGCUGGUGGGAGCCAUGGACGAAGGCUUUAGAGACCGGACCGCCUUCAUCCGUGGCGCAAAGGACAUCGCCAAGGAGGUGAAGAAGCAGGCGGCCAAGAAGGUGGGCAAGGGGGUGGACCGCGUGCAAGAGGAGUACACCAAGCGUGCCUACGCUCGCUUUGAGGAAGAGGACGAUGAUGACUAUCAGCCCCAAGAUGGAUACUACCGUGGGGAGCCCUCGGCCGAUGAGGAAGGGGCCUCCAGCGACGCCACCGAAGGCCACGAUGAAGACGACGAGGUCUAUGAGGGGGAGUACCAGGGGAUCCCCCGGAAUGAUUCCCUGAAGGGUGAAGACCGGCUGACGGCCAGCCCGGAGGCAGCCAGUGAGUUCAGAGACUUCAGUGACCUGGAAGGAGAGAAGAAGAAGGAGAAGGAGGAGCUUUCUCAGCAGUAUGAGCUGAUUCUGCAAGAGUGCGGACACGGGAAAUUCCAGUGGACGCUCUACUUUGUGCUCGGACUGGCCCUCAUGGCUGACGGAGUGGAGAUUUUUGUGGUCGGCUUUGUCCUCCCCAGUGCUGAGAAGGACAUGUGCUUGUCAGACUCCAAUAAAGGCAUGCUGGGCCUGAUUGUCUACCUGGGAAUGAUGGUGGGUGCCUUCCUGUGGGGCGGCCUGGCAGACCGGCUGGGGCGCAGGCAGUGCCUGCUGAUGUCACUCUCGGUCAACAGCGUCUUUGCCUUCUUCUCCUCCUUCGUGCAGGGCUACGGCACUUUUCUCUUCUGCCGGCUGCUCUCUGGUGUGGGCAUUGGGGGGUCCAUCCCCAUCGUUUUCUCCUACUACUCGGAGUUCCUGGCCCAGGAGAAGCGUGGCGAGCACCUCAGCUGGCUCUGCAUGUUCUGGAUGAUUGGCGGCAUCUACGCCUCUGCCAUGGCCUGGGCCAUCAUCCCCCAUUACGGGUGGAGCUUCCAAAUGGGAUCCGCCUACCAGUUCCACAGCUGGCGCGUCUUCGUCUUGGUCUGCGCCUUUCCGUCGGUCUUUGCCAUCGGGGCCCUCACCAGCAUGCCGGAAAGCCCCCGCUUCUUCCUGGAAAAUGGCAAGCAUGACGAGGCCUGGAUGGUUCUGAAGCAGGUCCAUGACACCAACAUGAGGGCAAAAGGCCACCCUGAACGGGUCUUCUCGGUGACCCACAUCAAGACAAUCAAACAGGAGGACGAAUUGGUCGAGAUCCAGUCGGACACAGGGACCUGGUACCGGCGCUGGAUGGUCCGCUUCCUGAAUCUUGCUCAGCAGGUCUGGGCAAACUUUCACCAGUGCUUUGCUCCCGAGUAUCGUCGGGUCACGUUGAUGAUGAUGGCGGUCUGGUUCACCAUGUCCUUCAGCUACUACGGCCUGACCGUCUGGUUCCCAGACAUGAUUAAGCACCUCCAGAAUGUGGAAUAUGCCUCCCGCACAAAGGUCUUUAACAACGAGACGUUCAGACACAUCACCUUCAACUUCACCCUGGAGAACCAGGUCCAUCGCCGGGGGGAAUACUUCAAUGACAAGUUUAUUGGCCUCAAGAUGAAGUCGGUCACCUUCAUUGACUCUUUGUUUGAAGAGUGCUACUUUGAGGAUGUCACAUCGAGCAAUACUUUCUUCAGGAACUGCACUUUUCUGGCCACUGUCUUCUAUAACACAGACCUCUUUGAGUACAAGUUCAUCGACAGCCGGGUCAUCAACAGCACCUUCCUGCACAGCAAAGAAGGGUGCCAGCUGGAUUUCAGUGACGACAACAACGCUUACAUGAUCUACUUUGUCAGCUUCCUGGGCACCCUGGCGGUGCUGCCAGGCAACAUUGUCUCUGCGCUCCUGAUGGACAAGAUCGGGCGUCUUCGCAUGCUGGCCGGCUCGAGUGUCAUGUCUUGCAUCAGCUGCUUCUUUUUGUCCUUCGGCAAAAGUGAGUCAGCCAUGAUUGCCCUCCUCUGCUUGUUUGGCGGGGUCAGCAUUGCCUCCUGGAAUGCCCUGGACGUCCUCACGGUGGAGCUGUACCCUUCGGACAGAAGGACCACCGCAUUUGGGUUCCUCAACGCUCUCUGCAAGCUGGCGGCGGUUUUGGGCAUCAGCAUCUUCACGUCGUUUGUGGGCAUCACAAAAGCCGUGCCCAUUUUACUGGCAUCAGCAGCCCUGGCGGUGGGCAGCUCUCUGGCCCUGAAGCUUCCGGAGACCAGGGGGCAGGUGCUGCAAUGAGAGUGAGCCCCCCCCCGGCUCUUGUGCCCCCGCCCCUGCCCGGGGGAGAUUUAGCGUUGUAGACACUGUGACUGUCUUGUUGUACCAUUUCAAUGGGAAAUCUGUCUUCGCUUGGGUUUUCUUCUGCAAGCUCACUUGCUCUUUGAGUUCUCCUCACGCUCCUUUCUCCCACGGUGCUCAGGUGGACGUGAAGGUGGGGAGGCCGGAGAAGCCGGGCAGGCCAAGCCGUGGGAGAUGGGUGGCACUUUACAAUCUAGGCAUUAGCAAACGUAACCCAAAAUCUUGUAUUCUGCAAUCUAUUUUCCUGCUUCUAGAUCAAGGUUUCCGCAAUUCUGUGAAUAUGUGAAUAUGUCUUCUAUUUGUCCAGUAAACUAAGACUACAACUCCCAGCAGCCAUAGCUAGCUAACAAUGAGAGCUAGAAGCAGGGAUCCAAGCACACAAUAGUACAAGCACACAAGCAGGGGGAUUUGGGGAGGGCUUUGCUGGCAUUUGAAUUGGAGGUGUAGCCUCACUUCCCUCAAACCUGGUGGGCACGAGUCCCCCCAUAGCACAGUUCUUUGGAAAAGGUUUAAUAAGGAGUGUUGUAACUUGCAGCUGUUUGCAAUGGUGCUUUUGAAGGGGUGGCCCCUUCCUCCCUCCCUUGGCACUCAUCUAGGACCUCCUUGCCAUUCCUGGCUGUGGGCGAGUCCCAGUGGGGAGGGGGAGGGGAGGGUGGACACAGCCACCUUUCUCAGCUGUUUAAUUCCUGAAAGGAAAGGAGGCCAGAGCCAGAACUUGCUUCCUUCUUUCUUCACCCUGAACAUUGAAAAUCGGAUUUUGUGCAUCUGAGUGCAAUUUGUGAGGAGUUAACCAGAUAUGCCUACUUGCAUUUGCCAUGAACAGCCAAAAAGAGCACAACAUACUGCUCCCAAGCGAAGUGGCUAGGUUCCGGAGCAGAGAGUGGCAGGCAGAUCUUGGGCCAAAUGAAGCAUGAUUUUGUGGCCUCUGAUACUGCACGGGGGGGGGGGGGGCUUAUCCAGGCUCUUUCCUAGCCUGGGCCCCUUUUGUCUUUCAAAGUCUGGCUAGUUAGCAGAUUCUUCUGCAUUUUGCCAUCUUGUACCUAAAAGGGAGCCCCCCUCCUUGCACCCCAGCCCUUUCCUCCCCUCCUAACUGAUGGCGGGACCACUAGGGAGGGUGGCCCCAGUUCCCUUCGCCCCCUGUAGCAAUGAUGACGGUUCCCCCUUUCUUGGGAAGAGCGGCUGGGUGUCUUUUCUUCCUCUUCCAGGCCUUGAAUCUCUCCAGAUAGAGAAAGCCACAUUUUCUUGCAGGGUGAGGAAACUGACCCCCUCCCACCAAACCUGGUGAAAUGGCACCCUCCCUGCUGCUUCCAGACCUCGGCCUGCCCGGGCUUUAGUUCCCCUCGUUUUGGCGCAGGUGGGCUUCUGAACAAAACCAAGACACAACCCAUAUGUAGCUCUGUCUGUGCGCAAAACCAACUGACAAAAACUUUGUGCUGUGGUGUAGUUUUUAGAUGUUUGUAAAGAACAAUUUUAAAAAACCAGGAAAAAAAAACAACCCAUGUCAACUGUAGUCUCUGGCUCAUUUCAUUUUGUAUAAAUCGAGAAGCCAAGAAUGAUGAUUAGAUAGGAGUUAUUUUAAAUGUCAUUGUGAGAACAGUGAUUUUUUUUAAAAAAAAGAUGCUUUGGCUAAUAUUCUGUGUACAGAUUGUUCAGCAGGAAAAGGAAAUAUGGAUGUUUGGCUGAAUCGAGCCAUGUUCCCACGACCACCAUAAUGAACUUGUAGUUAACAAUCCAUGUAAAAAAAUGGAGGGAAAUAAAAGUUUGAAAAAUCUAAUGAU